AAGCUUUAAAUAUAUAUAUAUACUUUUAACUUUUUUACCAAGCUAUUUUUUUUCUUUAAGUGUUAUAGAUUUUUUAUUGUGGUAUCAAAAGCAAUUUUGCCUUGAAGCUACAUGCGGUGGAUGCAUUAAAAAAAAGGUCCCGCCCAUUCUAUGUAACGUCAUCUUUACGCAUGCGUGAAGUGGGCUAGCAAGCUGUCACCACCACUAGCAGUCUUUCCGGACUUGUGCAGGGCAGCUCAACAAAGGCCACCAUGGUGCUGAACCCAGUCAUCUCCAAGCUCGCUGGUAAACUGGUUGUGCUGGCCAGCGCCUCCCCUAGACGGCAGGAGAUACUCCGCAAUGCUGGUUUACGCUUUGAGGUUGUACCGUCAUGGUUUAAAGAAACCCUGGAUAAAGGUCUUUUCAAAGCGCCUCACGAGUAUGCUGUUGAGACAGCUAAGCAGAAAGCCCUGGAGGUGGCGAGGAGGAUGCCAUUUAAACACCUGAAAACUCCUGACAUAGUAAUUGGGGCAGAUACAAUUGUGGCUGUGAAUAGUUUGAUUCUAGAGAAGCCAGUGGACAAACAGGACGCUUACAAGAUGCUUUCAAGCCUGAGUGGUAAAGAGCACAGUGUUUUUACUGGUGUCGCUAUCGUACUCUGCCAUGACAAAGACAAUCAGGAGGUGGACUACCAGAUGAUAGCCUUCUACGAAGAAACAAAGGUGAAGUUUGCUGAUCUGUCAGAAGAUAUGCUGUGGGAAUACAUCAAUAGUGGUGAACCCAUGGACAAGGCAGGCGGCUACGGUAUUCAAGCUCUUGGUGGCAUGCUUGUGGAGUAUGUCCACGGAGACUUCCUGAAUGUUGUGGGUUUCCCCCUCAACCAUUUCUGCAAGCAGCUUGACAUUAUUUACAACCAUUCCUCUUCCUUUGCCGUUGAGAAAAAGGGGUCCGCCCACCCACUCCCCAACGGCUCGCUUGGAAUAUCAAUACUCGACCAGCACAGCUUGCAGAAAGGCUCUGAAGCAGAGAAACACCGCUCACCCGACAGCUCCUCUCCUAAGCUAACGCAGCACAUCCAGAACAGUUCUACAAGCAGUCCUGCUCAUAAGGUAAAAAGGACAAGCUAUGAGAGUGGAGUGGGUUCUCAGUCAGUGGUCAGCAACUCGUCAAAACACAAUGAUGGAGAAUCAAGUAGACUCACACAACUGAACAGACAACAGCAAACGGAGCAAAGAGGGACAGAAAACCAGCCUAAAACACAAGAUUUGAAGAGAAUCUGUGAGCUGAUGGAUGGAUUCAAAGCAUCAAAGGCCCUUUUCACAGCGUCCAAGUUUUGCAUGUUCGACUUGUUACAUAACAAACCUGGGCUGGAUGCUGCAGAGGUGGCUGAAGAGAUCAAAGCGUCUGUCAAAGGAACCGAGUGUCUGCUGGAGGCGUGUGUGUCUCUGGGACUGUUAAAGAUUAAAGACAAAGCUCACCCAAAGCCGUUGUUUGAGAACACAGAUUUAGCCACAAGUUUCUUGCGUUCAGAUGCUCCCUUUUCUCUGCACGGAUACAUUCAGCACUGUAGUGAAACUCUGUGGCCUCUUUUUUCUCAUCUCGAGAGCGCCGUGCAAGAAGGAGUCAGCCAACACCAGAGAGUUAAAAGACAAAAAGAAUUAUGUCAGGAUCCUGUCUGCAGCAGCCAAGAAUUGAAACUGCGAUUUAUGAGUGGCAUGCAUAGCUUUGCUAAAAUCACAGCAGCAGCUGUAGCAACAGCCUUUGAUCUCUCCAGGUUUAGAACAGCCUGUGACCUUGGAGGAUGCACUGGUGCCAUGGCCCAUGAGCUCGUCAAAGCCCAUCCAGGAAUGUCAGUAACCGUGUUUGACCUGCCUGCUGUUGUAGAAAUGAAAGAACAUUUCCUUCAACGUAACACAGACAAUAAGGUGUCUUUUGUUGCAGGAGACUUUCUUAAAGAUGAAUUGCCCAAAGCUGAUUUAUACAUUCUGGCAAGAGUACUCCAUGAUUUGACUGAUGAAAAGCUGCAUAUUCUUCUGAGUAAAAUUGCACAAACUGCUUCCUCAGGCUGUGGACUUCUUCUCAGCGAGAUCUUUCUGGACGAAGACCGAGGCGGUCCAAGUCGUGGGCUGCUGCAGGCCCUCAGCCUGAGUGAGGGCAAACAGAGAAGUGCCGGCGAGUACAAGCUGCUUUUGGAGAGGCACGGUUUCAUCACAGCACACACCAGACACACAGGACACCUCCUGGAUGCAAUGCUGUCCGUCAAAGCGUGAGGCAAAAGCAAAACCUUUCCUCACAUUACCAAUGUCGGUGAAGGUUCUCAUUCGUCAUGGUUACUAGACCUAAAAAAACCAAGGAAAAAACCAAAGUCUAGUAACCAUGACAACUUCUAGACUCACACUACAAACAAAUUUAUGAAACAAAAGAUAAUAUAAGUUUUUUAAAUAUUUGAAGAUUCAAGUAACAUUCCCGUUUGUACGGCGUUUCCAGCUGUAAUUGAACGUCUCUAUGUUCUUUGGCACCUGAAAAUGUGGACGGUUACUCCAACAUGCCUUUCUGAAAUGUUCCAUCUCUAUUAAAAGGUGGUGUUUUCUUCAUG